AUGUCGUUCAGUCUCAAGAAGGAUCUUAUCAUACAGAUUGGUAACGGGAUCUUCGCCCAAAUGGGUACCACAUUCGAUGAUCGCUACAACAAGCUGGCCAGAGAUUUGUACCAGAGCGAACUGAAGCACUUAGACUUUGUCGGCGACGAAACCACUUCCGUACGGUUCAUUAACAAUUGGGUCAAUAAUCAGACGCACGGUCGUAUAGCGGACAUUGUAUCGCACGUCAGCCCGGAUACGAUCCUGAUGAUCGUGAACACGCUGUACUUCCGCGGUCUUUGGGAGGAACCAUUUCAACCGCUUGCCACCCGAAACAGGCGCUUCUUCCCGAACGGACCAGAUGGGCCGGACUCGUUCGACAUACCGAUGAUGGCCAAGAGCCACUGCAUGCCGUACUACCACUGGCAGGAGGAAGACAUACGCGUGGUCGGUGUACCGUACCGUCAGAACGUCACCAUGUACAUCUUCCUGCCGAUGAACUCAACGCGUGAGCUCGUGCAAUCGAUGCAAUCCAAAAUUACUGCCGAGCGGGUGAACGACAUUGUAAAGAAGAUGAAGAUGAAAUCGGUCACGCUGCUGUUCCCCAAGAUGCAUAUCACCAACUCCGUCAGCUUGAAGAGUGUGCUCCAGCAGCUCGGCGUUUAUACGCUGUUCGAUCGUAAAGACGCGGACCUGUACCGUCUGCUUACCUCACUGAACCGGUACUCAGGUGAUGAACCGCUGGACAUUUUGGACGUGUUGCAGGACACGAAAGAAAACGCUAUUCGCCAGUUGCAGCAACAACACGAAGGAUGCCUUGUGGUGGAGCAUAAUGGUAUUGAGCGGGGCGAAUGUUUGAAGAAAAACUGUGCGUAUGGGGGCCAAACAUGCGUGUGCUGUGCGGAAGGUGAUGACUUCCGGCGACGCCGCCGACGACAGACAGGGACCGGAAUGAUGCCGACGAAGAAUGAAUCGAUCUUUGUCAACGAAAUGCUGCACAAGGUGGAUCUGACGGUAAAUGAGCGCGGUACAGAGGGAGGCGCAGCUACCGCUACGCUGAUCGAUCGUAUUUCGUCCCAGAUAAGUUUCAUCGUCAAUGGACCAUUCCUAAUGCUUAUUCGGGAGGAAACCACUAGAUUGCCACUGUUCUAUGGAGCUGUUUACAAUCCGAAAUAA